UACAACUUCACGACGCUGGGGGCCACAGGAAAAAAUGGUCCAGUUAGUGCUGAAGGAUAUAAAGGCACUCCACUCCAGGAGGUACAAGUCACGAACGGUGUCCAGGAGUGGCAGGUGCCAAUCACAGGAAAGUACGAUGUAGAAGCUUGCGGAGCAUCAGGAGGGGACGGGAUUUUGGCCAAGAAAGGAGGCAAAGGAGCAAAAGUCAGCGGCGUAAUAACACUGUUAAAGGAUGAGAAGUUAGCCAUACUGGUGGGACAAAAGGGAUCAACACCGGAUGGAAGUCACCUCGGAAGUGGGGGUGGUGGAACGUUUGUUUAUCGUUCACCGAAUAAAUUUAAUAUAAUUAUUGUGGCUGGUGGAGGAGGUGGUGGAGGUAAAAAGGAUGGUCUACCUGGGAAUGAUUCACCGGAUGGCAGUGGUUCCGAUGACACGAGAGGCACUAACGGGGGUGGUGGUAAGGUUUGCCGAGCUCUAGAUGCACCCUAUAUACCAGACUCUGGGGCUGGCGCUGGUUAUCUUAAUAACGGGGGCUGCAUUGAAAGUGGAAAGCUUUGCGGGGCAUUGCAUUGCAGUAAAGGGGGAAUUUCUUUGGGUCAAGGUGGAGAAGGUGCUACGAAUUGUGAUGGUGGGUUUGGUGGAGGAGGAGCAUGUGGUCUUUUCCCUGGGGGAGGAGGUGGAUAUUCAGGGGGUGGAGUAGCACCUGACAAGGUGGCAGGGGGAGGUGGGUCAUACAAGGCCGACAGCACAUGGAAAGUGAUAAAAGGAGGCUGUGAAGGUGGUGAUGGUUACGUUUCCUUUACCGCAGAGGAGUGACUUUUUCUUUAAGCUUGUCUUACUUUAAUCUAAACUACAAAGGAGGCUGCGAAGAUGGUGAUGGUUACGUUUCUUUUCUAUUUGAAGAUUGAACUAUUUAAAAGUUUCAAUCAAUUCAAUUCAAUUCAAAUUUCACACUCUUAUAAAAUACCGUAAAUGCUCGAAUUAGCGCCCAGCUUUAAAUAAGCGCCCCGCUUCGAAUUAGCGCCCCUCCUAAGGCUCAAAAUUUGUAAUAAGCGCCCCCCCUCCCCCGAGAAAAAAUGAGUUUCGGUACUCGGUACGAUAUACGAGACGUAUACGGUCUAUACGGUUCUUUUAAUGAAAUGCGACAUUGUUAAAUAGUAUAAACAGUAAUGUCCUUUCAAAGUCGCAGGGGUUUGAUUCUCAUUUCCUUGAUAGAAAUAUCCAUGUGAGCACAUAGCUGCUUCACUUAAUUAAGUUCCUCGUAAAACUUUGCUCCCAAUCGCCGGCUCCUUGUUACUGUCUUAAAAGUUCCUGGAAUUACGAGGCCAUUUUCGGUAAAGAUAGUGUCAUUUUGAGGCUAAAAAUUGAUAAACGAAAUAAGCGCCCCCCUUCAAAUAAGCACCCCCUUCGAAUUAGCGCCCCCCUCUCGCCUUAGAAAAUUAAAUAAGUGCCCCAGGCGCUAAUUCGAGCAUUUACGGUAUUUACAUUAUAUAUCUAGCCGGAUUUAUGAAAACCGUACCAUCGGACUCCUGGAGCCCACACACCUUAAACUGACUCAACUAAAGCAAAUAUCGCCAAGAAACUCAGCUCUUACCCAUGGUUCUCUUAAGGUGACUCUCUUCUUGGUUCCUGAUUAGCAAAAGAAACAUUCAAGUCCAUCGAAAAGACACUCUGGACUUGGCCAUACACUCUAGCUGCUUAAAGGCGCUAAACGACUGACGAUGCUUGAGACUUAACCAAGUUCUAAGCAGAGAAUUCAAGGUUAAAUCACUCCCCCUGACUUCGUCCACCCCCCCAGCCUAUCACGUGCUUGAGGGGAAUACUUUCAUUGGCCAAUGGGCCUCAAACAUUACAAGAAUUUGACAUGACAAACUAAAGGCAGACAUGACCAGUGCACUGACUCUCCCAGAGCAAUACUAACGGAAGGUACCACGCUUUUGAAGCACCCUCCCCCCCUAGGGAUUGACAUGGAGGCCCCUUUCCAACCCAUGGCGAGUUAGCUCAGGUACUGAGUUUCACAAUGAGACCAACCAGGAAAGCAAGCCCCCUAUGUUUUUUCUCACCGCAGUGACCAGAAACCUGGCUAUCGCCAGGUUCCUGUGCGAAUAUUCUGGCCCGUUUUGAGGUAUGUUUUCAAAAAAUUCAGCUAGAUAUAGUAAGGUAGGAAUACACUAAUAAAGGGGAAGAAGAAGGAAAAAAAGAAAAUUAAUGGCUUGGAUAGAAGUGUACGGUGGUCAGAGGAGCUUAGCUUUCGAGCUAACCACCGCUAUAUUUUGAGUGGAAAUACAUAAUAAACGUGCGCUUGGUGCCAUGGUAACAUGGUCAGUAGUCAUUUUAUCUGAAACAGUCAUAUUACAUUGUUACCUUUGAGAGUUAACUAGAAUUCGCUUGUAUUCUUUUUUGAACUUAUGGUAGCUAAGUGUUUUUAUCUUAGUAGGAAUCUCCUCCCAAGUUUUGGUUAUGGCAAACUUAAAUGUGUGUUUGCCGUAGUUUGACCUUACACGUGGUACAUGAAAGUUAAGAUUUGAGGCACAUCUGGUAUUGUGUGAGCAUGGAUAUCAGACACCUUUACGAGGUAGUUUUGAAACAUUUUAAGUUUUUCGACAAAGCUGCUGGCUUUAGUGUCAAUGCCAGUUGGGUCAUUUAGGAUGCUACUCCAGUCAACUGAUUUUAUGUCAGUCAGAUAGGUCUGAGAGUCAAAAUUUGAAUAGUCCCUGAAAAAUCUCUUUGGUUUUAGCCCUGCUAUCUGUAUUCUAAUGAAACAGAAGGUGGGCAGGUGGUCUGAUAUGUCCGUGGUCACAAUACCAGGUAUGAUUUGGUCAGUAGAAGCGUUUGUGUAAAUAUGAUCAAUAAGAGUUGUGGUAUGGCUUGUGAUCCUAGUAGGUUUUGUAGGAGGUUACUACUGUAUAGCAUAUCAAGUUAAGGUAGUCUUCAGUUUUGGAAUGUGUACCUACUUUUAGAAAGUCAAUAUUCAUGCAUGUCCCCUAGGAUACUAAGACUUGAUGCUUGGAUUGGUUUAAAGAACUGACGAGGUUUGCUAGCUGAGAUAAAAAAAAUUAUCAAGAUUAGGGGUGCCUGUAUAUACCCGGUACAUCCCACAAUUAUAUGCUAGGUUUGUGUUCCUGUAAGAUUUCAAUCCAGCAGGAUUCUGCCUCAAAGCUUAAAUCUGACCUAUGAAUUGCAUUUAGGGAGGAUGAUAUGUAGAUACCAACACCACCAGCCAUUGUUUUAGAAUCAGUACUGUAAAAUUUGCAGUUAGGAAAAUCUAUGUUUGCUGAUGAGUUACAAUUACUUUUAGUUUCAGUUACAGCAAUUACAUCAGGUGUAUUAUAUAUCAAAGCAUUAUAAAAGGUCAUGUAAGAGCUCGAAGUGUUUUGGGAGACUUCUAAUAUUGCAAUGAAAGAGAAAGAUGGAAUCAUUAUCUAUAUCAGCUUAAAGGUUAUUAGCAUCAGUUAUGGUACUCAGAGCUAAGAGUUGACAACAUUAAAUCAGGGUCAGAUUCCUCGAAAGUAAAAAUUCCAUUUUUGGAGUGCUACAUGGGCUACAACUAUUUAUAAGGACCGAAUCAUAGAAUGAACUUCUUUCAGUACCGAAAAUAAAUAUACAUAAGAUUACAGUGCAGGUCUCUUUUACGGCUGCCGCUCGUCAAAGUUGGUUUUUGACAAGUUUUUAUUAUGUUUUGACAGCUUGAUGGGCUCUAUAUGAUGUAGACCAUUCAAGAACCAAUACGUUUCUGAGGCGAAGUCGCGCAGUCGGAAAGCUUUCUUCUCUACUCCAUCAAAACUGCUCGCUCCUCUGUUAAACAUUGCGGGGUGCAAUUGAUUCUGUAUAAUUAUAUAAAAUCCAUCAAAUGCAAAAGUCUGGCAGGAAAAGAUCUCAGAGACAUAUCAACAGAAUUUGCCGAGUGGCAACGGCAGCGCGAUCUUUGACUGUUAAUAAUGAAUUAACCGUAGAAGUAGAUAAGCUUAAAUUAUUGCUCUCAAAGGGCUUCACUGUAUUUCAUAGUAACCAUUAAACCUACUAUAGAAUUUAAUAAAAACAAGAGCAAAACGUUUCAGGGUAUGACUCGAAAAUAAGUCAAAUAAGCCACAAUAAUUUUUUUUCUUCCCGUUUUUCCUAGCCUCCCACGCAGGCGUUUUAGGGGAGCUCGUGUUUCGUCCCUCCGGACGAAAUACGAGCUACCUUAAAAAGGCCUGCGUGGGAGGCUACGUUUUUCGCAGGUACAAUGCCCCCCCCUUAAUUUUGGACGAAACUGCGAAGACCGGGCCCCUUCCUUAUCAAAUGGUCUAGAUGACCACCCCCCCUCCCUUUUCCUUAUCUCAAGAUCUGGAUCCGCCGGUACUGUUGUCAGAUUUCACGAACAAUGUAAAAGAGGCUGGUUCAUGGCGGCAGCAUAUGAUAAACUUUCCAAAUCAUGAUGAUAAAACCGUUCCUCUCGGAGAAAAUAACCUUGUAACAUUAUUUAGGCCUGAAAAGAAUAGCUGCAUUUCCGUUCACGGCAUUUUGCUAACCACUUAAAGACCAUAAGAAAAAUUAACCGAAUAUGCUACAUGUAAUUUGUUAGAUCGAUCGCUAAUGCUUAGAGAUUGCUUGCCCAACGCAAAAGAAUGAAGCCGGAAAGGUUCGACGCUACACUGAUGAUUUGGCCCAAACACAAAAAAAUGAAGAAAGGUUUGACGCUACAAUUUAAGCCGAGCAACUUCUCCGUUGUUGCAAAAACAUUUACUGAUAAAAACAGUUUUUUUUGGAAGUGAUGAAAUAUCUCUGACCCACUGCGGUUUGACUGUUGACGAAACAAGAAAAGGUGCUCAGCUAGGAAAUCAUGCAAACUAAGCUAUGAUCAAACUUUACCGAUCUAUACCGGAGAACUUUCAGUGCGCCAAUAGGAAAACCAUACCAGCCAGGCUUCUGUUAACACAUCACUGACCGGGUGAUUUCGGCGCAAUUUCUGUAACGGACGAAGCUGCAUGCGCUACGCUGAUCUCUACAUUGGAGAGUCGCAAAUCAGAUAGGUACAUCAAUGCACUGACUACAUCAUUUCGACUUCGUUUGCUUUCAUAUUUAGCGUUAUUUUCGAAGAGGUUUCUUGGCGGAUUGUUAUUAUUAUUAUUAUUAUUAUUAUUUAUUAUUAUUAUUAUCAUUAUCACUCCGCUGGAGCGACCACUUUAUUUUAUCCCGUUCAUAUUCAUAACGGCACAAGCCGCAGAGUUGUCUCCUAACCGCUAAAUAUUAUUAUGUAAUAAUAAUAAUAAUAAUAAUAAUAAUAAUAAUAAUUUUUAAAAAAAAAAAAAAAACUUUAUUCAUAGAUUAAAAAAAAAAUAGACUAUUUACAGAUUCAAGAAUAUGAAAUAUUAAAAUAUAUACCCUAUGUACAUUCUUCUUGUGUACGAAAGAGAAUUGUCGUAAAAUGACUAUCUAAAGACUUCUAAUAACAAUUAUAAAAAGCAUCAAAAAGUUAAUAACUUAAAUUCUGGCUUGCCCACUUUCCGAUGUAAUGACAAUGUCAGAUAUAUUGGCUGCUCUUCUCUUGCUCCUGGUUCCUCUGAGACACAGCAAGGCUGAUCGUAGGAUGGCAAAGGAUACUUUCGCCCUUAUCCAAGAUAUGGUUGUAGCGUAGUCAUCUCCUUUCUUUAACGCAAGUAGCUCUGCGAGAGGCGGCUAUGGAAUCUCUUGCAUUCAUCGGCCAUUCCACCUGUGCUUGUAAAGACUAAUGGUGUGAAUGUCCCUUGCUCCACUUCCAAAAUAAUUAUAAUAAUAAUAAUAUAAUAUCUAUCUAGGAUAACCCUUCAGUACAAAGUAUUGUUUUCAACGGUUUCCUGCUGACUAAGAAAUAAAAAUUAAUAAAUGAUAAUUACUAAAAUAUUAUGAAAUAAAAUACAUAUUCAAAAAAACAAGCACGCACUAAGCUAAAAGCCUUCUAAAACUACGAUAGAAAUUACAAGUAAUCUGAAUCGUCCAAGGCUUGCCUAAAUAAAACUCUAGAAUUAAUGUUUCUUAAACUUUAAGGCAAUGAAUUAAAAAUCGAGGCUCCUAAAAAUAAAAACUACACGGCGCACAAAAUACAGUUUGGUCUUUGGCAGUUCCGCUGUUUUCUCAAUGUUUCCAUCAUUUAAAGCGUUAUGAUGCAAUCGUUGAAAAAUAAUUCUUAUAUAUAAUGGAAAAGGCAGUCAAAUACAAAAUAGCACGCUUUCUUUUGUAAAAAGUUGUCAGUUGUUAAAUUUCGAAGAUCACAGUUCUGCUGCGGACUGGUAGUUGUUUUUCUUUCUCUGCACAUGCAAUAACUAUAACAUAAUUUCCGUUCGCGCAGGUUGUCUCUUGUCGGCGGAAGGAACACAUUAUAGCCAGAUAAAGGUUUGAUGUGUUUACAAAAUGACCUCUAUCUACGCAAUUCAAAAUGACACUCGUCAGUUAAAGUAAAUUCAUAAAGUGGGAAUGACAGGUAAAUUGGAAGAUAUUCGAAGGCAUAAUGAAGUAAAUUGUUAGAAAGGAAAUGUCCCGUAAACUGGAAGGUAUACCAGCAAGUAAUAAUUCGUUUCCCCUCUUAAACUGGAAGUAAUUAUGCAGGUGAUUCAGUAGAAGAACAUCUUUCGUAUACAACACACAAAUCUUAAUGGUGAAUAGGAAAUGGUUUUAAACUUUCUUGUGCAAACGGUGAGUUUGCUUUGUAAUUAACAGCCUCAACUCUCAUCCAGUUAUGAAGAUAUAACAAUUUCCAAGUUAUGGCUUCCAGCAAUUUUGUGACGGCUUGUCUUGUUUUCAGCUCUGAAAACUUACUAAGUGUAUAAACAGUUACGGAAAGGGAUUUACUAUGAUUUGGUUCUUCACCUCAUUCACACUUUUACAAGGGAUUUUAGUUGAUGUAACUGUCUUGAUAGCUGCUGCGGAAAACCCUCGAUCAGCAUACUUCAUAACCCGAGAAAACAAGGAGCUGGUUGGCUAUGCUGUCGAGAAAUUUGACUCUUUCAGCUUUUUUUCGUGUAGCUAUUCUUGCCUACAAAAUUCGUGGUGUACGUCUACAAACUUCAAUAAGUAUUCUGAAGGGAACGAGGAAAAGGGAAUUUGCGAACUUAACAAGCACAAUGACACCCCUAUCGAAGACGUCGAUCUUAUAGAUCAGCCCGGAGCGACUUUUUCGAUGAUUUUGAAGGUGAAUAUCUCUUUACAGAUGAUAGUAACUUAAGUAAAAGAGAAGAGAGUUUGAUAAUUAAGAUUACAAACUUAUACUCUGAUAGAAUCCAUAUACAUCCUGCACGUAGCUGACAGUGUAAUUUAAUUCCUGUUUUGGUUGAAACGGGGGAUUAAUGGCGUUCAUUUAGCCUGUUUCCACUGUUUUACGGCUGGUUUUACUCACAGUAGAGUCGGAGACAGAGUGCCGUCAUCAGAAGCCCAGAGACAGUUAUGAUUUGUGAAAUUUAAACAAACGACGCCGCUUAUGGCUUCGACGUUGACGAUCAGCGGAGUCGCAAAGAGAAGCGAAAGAAUUAACUAUAUACGCGGAAAAUAAACCCUGGUUGUUAAUUGUUAAUAGUCCGUUUCGCUGAAGCUUGCAACACCGACAAACUAGUUUUUAUUUCAUCGUAUCGUAAACGACGAAAUCAUAAACGGAGUAGGACAAAUUGCGACUUCUUUUCCAUAGAGCUUAUGCCGGACUCCGCUUAGGGAUCCGAUUCUUUUUUACGAGGUCAUAUUCAGUCUAGGGUUUCAACUAGGAACAGUGUGGCACUUGCAAAAUUCAAAAUGUGGAGAAUUUCUGGUGGUACAAAGCCAGGUUUCCUGCGUUAUUGGAAGGUGAUCACGUUUUUGUUCCUGAAUAACCCAUUCACAAAUAAUAACCAUUUAUUGGAUCAGGUUUUUGUGAUAUCCGGAAUAAUAAAGUCAAGGUAAGUGUUAUCAGCCGAGGCGAAGGCCGAGGUUGAUAGCACUUACCGAGACUUUGAUUAUUUAGGAUAUCACAAAAACCGAAUCUAAUAAUUCUUUUAUUAUACAUUGUUUUGAAGAACAUGGCGAAAACGUCGCUUAAAAGUGUAUUUACGUUCUUCCAGUCUUUACUGCGAGUUUUCCUACCCACUUCAUUUAUCAAAAAUAGGCGAAUCCCCCAUGGAGUUCAAUAGACCUUACACGGUUUUCGACGCUAUCUUUACGAGUGGGCAAACGCGUGACAAAUUAGAGUGUUUGUUUGAGAAUCUAAUGUCGAAUGAUUUACGUAGAAUGGCUGUUCUGAAAAAAUAUUAAUUGUAAACUAAAGCUUCACUCCUAAGGAAUCUACUGAAAAAAAUAGAGGGCGUUACAUGCGCUAGAAGACCUAAAACCAAUUUUUAAAAUUUUCUUUACAUUUGUCUGUAAGAAAGUCCGACGGAAAAUUACAGACAAAUAUAUUAGUAAAAUCUAAAGCAAGCCUCCGGAGAAGAUUACCGCUCCGCCCCCCCCGCAAAUUUUUUAGUACAAUCCUUUGUUUUGUAGCUUUAGUUUACAAGUCAUAUUUUUUUCAGAACAGCCGUUUUACAGAAAUUAUUCGGCCUUAGCUUCCCAUACAAACACUUAUAAUUUCUCACAGUUUGCCUACUCUUUCAGACGGCGUCAAUAACCGUGUCAAGGUCUAUUCCUAGGAUCCCUAUAAAAUUUCGUCGUCGCUCGUUUGAGUCCUCCAUAACAGGUACAAUUAGGCAAUUUCACGCAGUAGUCCGGCAAAAACGGCAAAGAAAGGCACAAAUAGUGCGAUGCACGUGCAAAGUUGUUUAACCUUCAAAACUUAGUGAUUUUUUGACGUUCUCGUUGCCAUCGCGUCGACGUAUCGGAAAGUCUUUAUAAUUAUUUUAGUGGCCUAAAUAAAUAAUAUUAGUGGCCUAAAUAAACAAUUAUAUGAAGCGCCAGAACUGAGUUCUUAGAUUCAAACUGAGACAUAUAUAAUUUUGUGGUGGCCCCGUCUUAAUUAUUUGCAAACUGAAUCUUUUGAUUGAGAACAAGUCUACCCUGUUGUUCUUGCAGGGAAAAGAAUCGGCUUCAACUGUUGAAGAACAAGGUGAGACACUUAUUGCGUGCGUGGUUAUUAAUUAUGAACAGUCAAGAAACUUUAUUUUAAAAAAUAAAUACGCGUCGGUUUUCGAAAAGCUGAUCAAAUAUACCCGUUGUAAAUCUUUUUGUUUAAUAAUCGUAACAGGACUGAGUGGAGUCCAAAUCGGCCUGUAAUCCUAUGAUUGUUAAACUAAAUUGGACCACGUGACGAAAGUCUGACUUGGUUAAUCAUCACCGAGUAUGAUUAUAAAGUUAUAACUAUAAGAGUAUGAUUAGUAUUAUUAAGAUGAAAAUUAUAAUAAUUAUAAUUCUGUUUAAUUAAAACACAACAUCACCAAGUGAGACUUUUCGCUGGAAGCAAACUACAAGAAGAACCCAUUGAAAUGCCUUUGUUCUAUUACAACGUGAGCUAUGGCGUCUACUGUUCUAUUACACUGCUAUUUUCUGCUCAGUUCCUAUUAAUGUUCAAACUUAGGCUACUGAUAGCCAAUCAGAUUAAAGAAUCCUGUCAUAGUUUUGACUGGUUCAAAAACUACGUCAUAAUAAAAACGCAUUUAAUAUUACGCACAGGUUCAAACUUUCGCAACGUCAGCAUGGGAUUAGCUUUCUGUCUUUUGUUUCCAGGCCCUAGUUAUGUAUUCACCACCCUCGAUGCAAAGGAAGAAACUGGACCAAGAAAUACUUCCGGUUAUGUCGGAACAUCACUGGAAGGUAAUGUCAUUUUAUACAGAGGAAUCCAAAUUUGGUCCGUUCCCGCAACCGGAAGUUACGUCAUUGAAGCUCUGGGUGCCUCUGGGGGAGACAGCCCCCGUCAAAUUCAGUCCGAUCGGCAGAGACGUGGUGGCUUGGGAGCGAAGAUCAGAGGAACAGUCCAACUUCAGGAAAGAACGAUACUUAAAAUCCUGGUAGGACAAGAGGGUGGAAAUUCUUCAAGUGCCGGCGAUUCGCCAGGGGGAGGUGGUGGUGGAAGUUUUGUCACGAUGUUAGAUAGCACUCCCUUAAUAAUUGCCGGUGGGGGAGGGGGAGGAGGAACUGCACGUGAUCAGUUUACGGAUGGAGAUCCGGGUCAGGCAACAGGGGAUGGGACCCAGUGUGGGGGAAGGGAGGGCGCUGGAGGACAAAUUUGUAAUGCUGACACAGGGAGAAUUGAUUUAAGUCUAAAGUCUGGAGGAGGAGCAGGGUUAAAUGGAGAAGGGGCAAGGGGUGGUACAGGAAUUUUAAUAGCCGCCCAGAGUUUUAUAAACGGGGGAACCGGUGGGAUAGGUCCGUCAGCCAAGGGAGGAUUCGGUGGAGGCGGUUAUGCCACGGUACUUGGAGGCGGUGGGGGUGGAUAUUCUGGUGGGGGAGUUGUCGGAACUCUAACAAAAGGCACUUCAGGGGGAGGGGGAUCAUAUAACAACGGUAAAGAACAGCUGAACAUAUCCGGUAUUAACAAAGGUGAUGGGAAAGUUAUAAUCAAGUUCAUGAAUUAA